AAACAAGAAGUUAUGAGUGCUUUCCUUUAUUAAAAACAAAACAAAAACGUUCUAAAAUAAUUUUUGUUGAUUUAUGUUUAUGCUUCAAGCUAUAUUUUUCAGAUAAAUUCAACAUUUUUUUACACUAUGAUUAAGUAAUUUGAAAUGGGAAAGAGUAACAGUAAAUUACCUCCUGACGAACUUAACCAGUUGUUAAAUGCUACUUACUUUAACGCUAAAGAAGUAAAAAGGAGAUAUAGUGGAUUUUUAAUUGAUUGUCCGAAUGGAACAUUAAACCGGGAACAAUUUAUUGAACUCUAUGUCAGCUUUUAUGCAUCUACCGAUGCAAAGAAAUUCGCAGAGCACGUUUUCAGAACGUUCGAUAAUAAUGGCGAUGGAAAAAUAGAUUUUCACGAAUUUAUAUCCUCUUUAUCUGUCACAACGCGUGGCACAAUAGAAGAAAAGCUUGAGUGGAUAUUCAAACUCUAUGAUAUUGAUAGAAAUGGUUUCAUAACUCUAGAAGAGCUCACAAGUAUAGUUGAUACCGUUAAAAGUAUGGUUGGGUUAUUUGACGACAAAAGACUGUCAAAAGAAAAUGUUCAGAGAGUGUUUGAUAAACUAGACAAAAAUGCAGAUGGAAAAUUAAGCUUAAAAGAGUUUAUAGACGGUGCAAAAGAAGAUGAAUCUUUUGUGCUUUUAUUGCAAGCGUAUACGCCAAGGUAAAGUUUAUUGCAAAUAAGGAAAACUAUAUACACCUUAGUAAUGUUCAUUGCGAAUAAAGAGAAUCUAGAGCCGCCUACAUUUUACUACAAAUAAAAAAAAAACAAUAUGCACACAGGAAGAACUCAUGGUGAUUAAAGAAAACUAUAUACAUCUUAUAUAGUAUUGAGAAUUCAUUGUGAAUAAUGAAAACUAUUUAUACCUAAUAUAGUAUUUGUGAUU